AUGGAAAGUCCAGAAGAAUUCGAGAAGCGACUGGAAGAAGUGCCACCGAAACCGGAAGAAGAAUAUGAGAAGAGGUGGGAAGAAAUAUCUCCGAAACGGGAGGAAUCACCUAUCACUGAGGAGCGUGAAGAGCGCCCAGUCGUCACAGAAGUGGUCACAACUACGACGAGAUAUGAGAUGGAAAGUCCAGAAGAGUUCGAGAAACGAAUGGAAGAAGUGUCGCAGAAGCCCGUUGAGGAAUUCGAGCGACGCUAUGAGGAGGAAUCUCCGAAACGAGAAGAGUCACCAGUAACUACCAUGGAGCGUGAACAAUAUCCAGUAGUGACGACAAAAUUCGAGAAGCGACUGGAAGAAGUGCCACCGAAACCGGAAGAAGAAUAUGAGAAGCGAGUGGGAGAAAUUGCACCGAAACCGGAGGAGUCACCUAUCACUGAGGAGCGUGAAGAGCGCCCAGUCGUCACAGAAGUGGUCACAACUACCACGCGCUAUGAGAUGGAAAGUCCGGAAGAAUUCGAGAAGCGACUGGAAGAAGUUCCACCGAAACCGGAAGAAGAAUAUGAGAAGAGGUGGGAAGAAAUAUCUCCGAAACGGGAGGAAUCACCUGUCACUGAGGAGCGCGAAGAGCGCCCAAUCGUGACAGAAGUGGUCACAACUACGACGAGAUAUGAGAUGGAAAGUCCAGAAGAGUUCGAGAAACGAAUGGAAGAAGUGUCGCAGAAGCCCGUUGAGGAAUUCGAGCGACGCUAUGAGGAGGAAUCUCCGAAACGAGAAGAGUCACCAGUAACUACGAUGGAGCGUGAACAAUAUCCAGUAGUGACGGAAGUGGUCACAACUACGACGAGGUAUGAGAUGGAAAGUCCAGAAGAAUUCGAGAAGCGACUGGAAGAAGUGCCACCGAAACCGGAAGAAGAAUAUGAGAAGAGAGAAGAGCGCCCAGUCGUCACAGAAGUGGUCACAACUACGACGAGAUAUGAGAUGGAAAGUCCAGAAGAGUUCGAGAAACGAAUGGAAGAAGUGUCGCAGAAGCCCGUUGAGGAAUUCGAGCGACGCUAUGAGGAGGAAUCUCCGAAACGAGAAGAGUCACCAGGUAACUCGAUGAAGCGUGAACAAUAUCCAGUAGUGACGGAAGUGGUCACAACUACGACGAGGUAUGAGAUGGAAAGUCCGGAAGAAUUCGAGAAGCGACUGGAAGAAAUGCCACCAAAACCGGAGGAGUCGCCUAUCACUGAGGAGCGCGAAGAGCGCCCAAUCGUGACAGAAGUGGUCACAACUACGACGAGAUAUGAGAUGGAAAGUCCAGAAGAGUUCGAGAAACGAAUGGAAGAAGUGUCUCAGAAGCCCGUUGAAAAACGCUAUGAGGAGGGAUCUCCGAAACGAAAAGAGUCACCAACAAGUGCCAUGGAGCCUGAACAAUAUCCAGCGGUUACAGAAAUGGGCACAACUGAAACUCGUUACGGAUUGGAGAGGAAAUCACCAGAAGAAGUACCGAGCAGAUCUGUUUUCUAUCAGGAAUCUCCAACACUAGAAGGAAUUCCUGAAGAGGAGACGUCAACAGAGCUCUCAGUCAGAGACAGGCUUGCAGGUUUCGCAGGAAAAGCUGCAAAAAUCGCAGGAGGUGUUGUGGUUGCACCUGUUGCUUUGGCAGCAAUGGGUGCAGCAGCAGCGUACGAAGCAGUAACGAAAAAAGAGGAACAGCCAAAGGGUGAUACAAGAACCGAAGAAACUCCUUUCGCUGCGGAAGAAGCCUUUGAAACAGGCACCGAAUAUCCGAAACCAGCAGAGUCACCUAUUGCUGAUGAGAAACCCAAACAGUAUCCAGCAGUUACUGAACUGGUCACAGCUACUAUGCGGUACGAGAUGGAAAGUCCAGAAGAAUUCGAGAAGCGAAUGGAAGAAGUGCCACCGAAACCGGAAGAAGAAUAUGAGAAGCGAAUGGAGGAAAUGUCUCCGAAACGGGAGGAGUCACCUGUCACUGUGGCGGAGCGUGAAGAAUAUCCAACUGUAACGGAAGUGGUUACCACAACCACCCGCUAUGAGAUGGAGAGUCCAGAGGAGUACGAGAAGCGAAUGGAGGAAGUUCCUCCGAAACCGGAAGAAGAAUAUGAGAAGCGGUGGGAAGAAAUGUCUCCGAAACGGGAGGAAUCACCUGUCACUGAGGAGCGCGAAGAGCGCCCAGUCGUGACAGAAGUGGUCACAACUACGACGAGAUAUGAGAUGGAAAGUCCAGAAGAGUUCGAGAAACGAAUGGAAGAAGUGUCG